GAUGUUUCACAUACGGAUGUGGAGAAAGUAUUUUUUAAGUUUCCUCAGUUAUUUAGUCGUAAAUCGUGUAAUGAACAUUUCCUUGUUUUGAGAAAUGCUAUUUUCGUCGUCCAGAGAAUGUGUUCAGUGCCAAAAGUUAAACAUUUUAGUGGAAAAAUGUUGGACAACCGCGGUGGCUGACACCUCGGAUGUUGCAUGUUUAAAGUGAUUUUACGUGUGUUUUAUAAUUUAAACGGAAAGGAUGCCGAGGGGAGAGAACAGGCCCAGUGUGUUGCUAUCUCGGGACGAGAACGAUCAGGUGUUCAGCCUCAUUGGGCCCAAAUGCCAGAGCUUAGCAACAGCUGUGGUGCAACUUUUCACAACAGAAGGCCCAGCACAUUCAGAAUGGAAGAAAAAAGACACUGGGGUGCUGUGUCUAGUCAAGGACAACGCGAAGCGCUCCUACUUCUUUCGAAUCUACUGCCUGUACCGGAAGACCAUGAUCUGGGAACAUGAGGUGUACAUGCAGAUAGAAUAUAAAAGCCCGCGGCCUUACUUGCAUACUUUCGAAGCUGAGGAAUACAUGACGGCUUUCAAUUUCGCAAACGAAGAUGAAGCCAGAGUCCUCAGAAAUAUACUUAUCGAAAAGAUCGAGCUCCGAAAACAGAGAAGAGAAGAGCGUCGCCAGCGGUCGAUGCUGGCAGCGCGCGCCAACAGCAGUUCAUCCAACACCGCCGUCAACAGCGCGCCGCGGCACAAUGGCGUCGCGCACACGCCGCCGCCCGCGCCCGUGCCUGCUCCCGCGCCGAUGCCCAAAGCAAAUCUAGGAGACAUCGUGCUUGGUAACCUUUUGUCGAACACCGCCGUCAAUAGCGCGCCGCGACACAAUGGCGUCGCGCACACGCCGCCGCCCGUGCCCGCGCCCGCGCCCGCGCCGAUGCCCAAAGCAAAUCUAGGAGACAGGCUGUGCAGAGCUGAAGCUACCCAAGGCCAAUCUGGGAGUCGCGCCAACAGCAGUUCGUCGAACACCGCCGUCAACAGCGCGCCGCGGCACAAUGGCGUCGCGCACACGCCGCCGCCCGUGCCCGCGCCCGCGCCCGCGCCGAUGCCCAAAACAGGCAAUGUAGUCGCUAAGUGGUCGUCGAACAGUCUCGCGCCAGUAGCGACUAGCGGUUCGACUAUCAACACUGUCAACAGGGCGCCGCGGCACAAUGGCGUCGUGCACACCCCGCCGCCCGUGCCCGCGCCCGCUCCCGCGCCGAUGCCCAAAGCAAAUCUAGGAGGAGGCGAUUACUCUAUGAAGGCCUCCGGAAAAAAGAAGCCGACGAGGAAACUGACCAAAGCUGACAUCGGCAUGCCGAAAGACUUCAAGCAUAUAUCGCACGUCGGCUGGGACGCUAAUAAAGGUUUCGACGUGGAUAACUUACCAGAAGAAGAGAUGCGCUCAUUCUUCUCAAAGGCGGGUGUUUCCGAGACACAGCUACAGGACCACGCCACGCGCCAGUUCAUCUACAACUUUAUUAACACGCACGGCGGGCUUGACGCCGUCAAGGAAGAGCUGCAUGAGAACCACAAGCCCAGCAAAGCGACGCCGAUGCCGCCGCCGCCGCCGACGCCGGCGCCGCCCGCGCCGCCUGUGCCUUCCCGCUCGCCCGCGCCGCACCCGCCCGCACCCCCGUCCCGCGCGCCGCCGCCGCCGCCGGCGCGAGGCGUGCCGCCGCCACCGCCUACCAGCGCGCCGCCUCCGCCGCGGACCGCGCCGCCGCCGCGCCCGCUGCAACCGCCGCCGCCCGCCAUGCCGGCCGGGGCCCCGCCGCCGCCUCCUCCUGCACCCGGGGCCUUGGAUCCAAGGGCGGCGCUUAUGGAGAGCAUACGCAGUGGAAACAAGAGCUUGAAGCCGGUGGAGGUGAGCGCGAAGCCGCCGGUGGUGGAAGACAGCAGGAGCAAUCUACUCAGCGAGAUCCGGCAGGGCGUCGAGUUGCGCGCCGUGUCCCGCUCCACCAGCAACACGGCCAGCGACAGCUCGCGCGCGUGCGGCGACGGGCUGGCGGGCGCGCUGGCCCGCGCUCUGCAGGAGCGCAACCGCGCCAUCCAUUCCGACUCCGACUCCGACAGCGACGAGACCAGCGACGGCGAGUGGGACGACUGACCGGGACACAAGGCAGGCGAGCACUAGCAAACUGCUGAGAAUGAUGUUUUAAUAUCGUAAAUUAACCCGCAAGCUCUUUGUAAACAGUUGCUGCCUACGGGGACAGCAGGCGAGCUCUAGCGUUCUGCUGAGAAUCAGAUGUCUGAAUAACGUAAAUAGUGAACCCGCAAUUUUUGUAAACAGUUACUACCUAAGGGGACAGCAGGCGAUCACUAGUGUUCUGCUGAGAAUGAUGUUUUAAUAUCGUAAAUAGUGAACCCGCAAGAUCUUUGUAAACAGUUACAGCUACCUACGGGGACAGCAGGCGAGCUCUAGCGUUCUGCUGAGAAUCAGAUGUCUGAAUAACGUAAAUUAACCCGCAAGCUCUUUGUAAACAGUUGCUGCCUACGGGGACAGCAGGCGACCACUAGCGUUCUGCUGAGAAUCAGAUGUCUGAAUAACAUAAAUAGUGAACCCGCAAGAUCUUUGUAAACAGUUGCUACCUACGGGGACAGCAGGCGAUCACUAGUGUUCUGCUGAGAAUAGGAUUUAUUAAACACACCAUAAAUUAAUAGUGAACCCACAUGAGUAUUACAGAUAUUAGCAACAAGUUGCUAGGGCGACUGCUACACCCACCAAUGACAGCGCCACGUUCAGUUACAGGUGGCGCUAGUUUCCAUACAUCUUUCACAAUCCCGUUGCAAUUGUAUGUAAAGAUUUGUGGACAGCAGAUGAGCAAUAGAAGCUGGUUCUGCUGAAAAUGAGGUUUAUGGACACCGUAAAUGGUUGUCACGUUCAAGGUAUCUACACAACCCGCUACUCAAGAUGUGAAAAAAGUCAAGGUAUCUACUGUUCUACUAUGACCACAGUCACAACUUGUUUAAACUAGAAGGCAAUACAGUUCUGCUGUAUUUCAGUGUUUGGGAUGUACUAUUAUUUAUUCGUGUAUUUAAAAGAAAGCAAAAUCAAAAUAUUAAUUAUGCAACGCCACAAAUUAUAACUGUGCAAAAUGCUCCCAAUAUUUACGACGAACUACUUAUUUUUGUUAUUAUCUUUAUGAAAAGUGAUAUUAUGGUCAUAGACGUGAAGUAAUUAAUUAUUUUAUUAUUUCUGAUAUUUUAUUAAGCUUGUUAUGUUAUUCUAGAAAGUAUGUUAUCUUGUCAUUGUCUUCCAUUUUACACUUAAGCAAUUAGUCUAUGGCCAUAAUAUUGACCUACUUACGAUGGUUUUAAAAUGCUGGACAUAUUUUGUUUACAAUGAGCCUAAUGUUGCGUAAAAAAUAUUCUAGAUUUUUUUUUGCAAAAAAAAUUGCAUACUAAAAUAUAAAUAGCUCAAAUUCUGAAAAGUUAACAUUGCUCAACACAAGCUCAUAAAUAUAAAUGAACGUCAGUAGUCCCACUGCACCCAAGAUA